CUCCAAAUCUUCAGGACUACUGAAGCUUCCUCUGUAAUAACCAUGGAAAGAGAAAAGAAAGACGAGACCCUUUCUUCUUCCACUUUCUCUCUCUCCUCUCUGCACCGCCUAACAGAAACCCUUGAUAUAUAUAUAUAUAUAUAUAUAUAUAUAUUACCAUUGAAUUCAUAAUUCAUUCAUGUAAUUUUCAAACACAAUCAUUCGUUCAUUUCCAUUCUUUUCUUCCUAGAAUUUCAGGUUGAUCUAAAUUAUAGCACCCACGGAAUAUUUUCAUUCAAGCUUCACUUUCUGAUCAAUAUAAACGAAUUAUAGCCAUGUCUCUAACCAAUUUGCAGUGUUUCAUUACUCUGGAUAAGUCUUCAUCAGACGCUAAACAAUCCUUUUUCCUAUUGUUCGAAAUGGUUGAUUUAUUGUUGUUUCAUAGAUUUUUCAAUUGGGUCAGGAGCAUGCAAAGUUUUUUCUUCAGAUUCUGGUAUUUUCUCCUUUUCUCUGGCUCAUCGGAGAUUCGAGAAGGAAAGCAGAACCUCGAUUUCAACUUCUCCAAGCAGGAAAUUUCAGUGAAAGAUGAUGAUGAUGAUGGGGAUGGACUUCGCAGAGGAGAUGUGGAGAUGGUGAUGAGAAAUUUGGGACUUUUUUGCAGCCCAGAAUCUGGCGAGGAGCUUGAAGAGAGGUUCGGCUCCAAUGAGCUUUUAGGGUUGUUUGAGGAAAAGGAGCCGAGCUUGUGGGAGGUGAAGGAAGCUUUUGAUGUGUUUGAUGAGAACAGAGACGGGUUUAUUGAUGCAGAGGAGUUGCAGAGAGUUUUCUGUAAUUUAGGGUUGAUGAAGCAUGGAUCAGAAUUGGAAAAAUGCAAGAAGAUGAUCGGAAGCUAUGAUGAAAAUGGCGAUGGAAGGAUAGAUUUAAAUGAGUUUGUGAAAAUAAUGGAGAACAGCUUCUGUUGAAUUAUACUUUCAAUAAAACGUUCUUUUCCAUCUCUCUUGUUUGCCAAUUCAAUAUGCCAUCAAAUAUUGUUUA